UAUUCUUAAGCUAGAUUUAAAAAAAAAAAAAAAGUAUAAUGUUAAAUCGAAAUUUAUGAUAGACUCCGCCUACCUCCUUUUCAUUUUGAUUCCUGCUGUUUAUUUUCUUCUUGUUCUUCUCUUUUUGAAGCUUUGAAACUCUCAGAACAAACAAUAUUCCCUCCUUUCUGUCUCUCUCUCUCUCACUCUCGCUCGCUAACUCGGGUCAAAAGGAACAAUUUUUUGUUGAAGUUCUGCACCUUUUCGUGGAAAAUCAUAGUGGGUCUUAUUUGAUUUGGUGUUUCAAGCUCUUUGCCUUUGUCCAAACAAGAGAUUUUCCUCUUCAUAUACCCUUUUCAUGCUAUUAUAAGUUGACAGUGAAAACCAAAUAUACAUAAUAGCCAUGACUUGUUCAUUGAAGAUCACUCUCAAUAUCUCUAGGUUGAAUGAGACUAUUCUGAACUCAAAAACCACAACUGCUUCUGGGUUUUGUCCAUAUUUUGGUGCUAUACGAAUUGGAGAAUCGACACCCAAGGACUUCCCUAAUUUGAGAAUCAAUUUCAUGGGCAAGCCACUUGUUUUCCUUGAAAAAAAGGAUUUUAGAGAUUCGAGUAUCAAAGCCCCAAGCAAUUUCUCUGUUCGUGCACAAGCUUCGAUCUGUGUGAGCAGAGCUCUCAGAUGGUGGGAGAAGACCCUUAAACCCAACAUGGUAGAGAUCCAUUCAGCUCAAGAACUUGUACACUCCUUGCUUAAUGCUGAUGAUAAAUUAGUGAUUAUUGACUUCUAUUCUCCUGGUUGUGGAGGCUGCAAAGCUCUCCAUCCUAAGAUUUGUCAGCUGGCUGAAUCGAACCCCGAUGCAAUUUUUCUAAAAGUAAACUACGAGGACCUCAAAACCAUGUGUCACGCCCUCCAUAUUCAUGUCCUGCCAUUCUUUUGGUUCUAUAGAGGUGCAGAGGGGCGUCUAUGUAGCUUUAGCUGCACUAAUGCAACUAUCAAGAAAUUCAAGGAUGCAUUGGCAAAGUAUGGAGCAUAUCGGUGUAGCCUAGGCCCGGCCAAGGGAUUAGACGAAUCUGAGUUAAUGACAUUGGCAUCAAUUGGGGAAUUGCCAAUAGGCUUUCCUUUACCAUCCGUUAAAGAAGAAAGAGCGGAGGAUUUGAUCAUGAAAAGCAUUGAUUUACCUGGUGUAAUGAGCAAAACUGCCAAUGAGGUUGAUCUUAAAGAGGAAACUGCUGUUGGAGUUUGAUUUAUAAUACUAAGCUUAUUGGAGAUUAGGACUGGAUUGCAUUGGUUACUUUUUGUUCUUGAAUUGUAAAUAUCUCUGUUUUUGGAUUUCCAUAAUCAGGCUAGGCUUCUAGGUUUUUUUUUCCCCCCAAGCUUGAGCCUCAGUCACAUCAGUAAAAUAAUUUAGGGAUUGGAGGUUGUAUUCUUGUCAAGAAAUUAUAUAUCAGCUUGUCAGAGUUUAUCGUUAA